GUGGAUGUUUCCAAUUUUUUUUGACGUAUUGACGUGGAAAUUGUGAUUGUAUUAGAGCCCCUAUUUUACAAUUUUGCCUAUUCGAAUUAUUAAAAUGAGCUUUAAAAGGGACAAGAAAGAAGAGGAAGAUGGCGGAGGCAACCCUUUCCAAAACAUCGAAAAGACUACAGUGCUGCAAGAGGCUAGGAUUUUUAAUGAAACUUCUGUGAACCCGAGGAAAUGUACACCGAUACUUACGAAAUUGCUUUAUAUGCUAAAUCAGGGUGAACAAUUGAGUACCAAAGAGGCCACAGAUGUAUUUUUCGCAAUGACCAAACUCUUUCAAUCUAAGGAUGUAAUACUCCGAAGACUUGUAUAUUUAGGUAUCAAAGAAUUAAGCUCAGUUGCAGAUGAUGUCAUUAUCGUAACAUCCAGUUUGACAAAAGACAUGACUGGAAAAGAGGAUAUGUAUAGAGCGGCGGCAAUAAGAGCACUUUGCAGCAUUACUGAUGCCACAAUGCUUCAAGCAAUCGAAAGGUACAUGAAACAAGCUAUUGUAGAUAGAAAUCCUGCAGUAAGUUCAGCUGCCCUGGUUAGCUCUUUGCAUAUGACCAGAUUUGCUCCUGAGGUUGUUAAAAGAUGGGUGAAUGAGGCCCAAGAGGCCGUCAACAGUGACAGUAUUAUGGUACAAUAUCAUGCCCUAGGUCUUUUGUAUCAUAUCAGAAAAAGUGAUAGGUUAGCCGUAACCAAACUGGUUGGCAGAUUGACCCGAAUGUCUUUAAAGUCUCCAUAUGCAGUUUGUAUGUUGAUUCGUAUAGCGGCGAAACUGAUUGAAGAAGAGGGAGCAGAUAGUAACUCUCCAUAUUUCCAGUAUAUCGAGUCAUGUUUUAGACAUAAGUCGGAGAUGGUGGUGUACGAGGCGGCACAUGCUAUCGUCAAUUUGGAACGCACCACUAGCAGGGAGUUGGCACAAGCGAUUAGUGUUUUGCAAUUGUUUUGUAGUGCACCAAAGCCAACAUUAAGAUUUGCAGCUGUAAGAACAUUAAAUCAAGUGGCAAUCACUCAUCCAGCGGCUGUAACUGCUUGCAACCUGGACUUGGAAACUCUGAUCACGGACUCUAAUCGAUCUAUUGCUACUCUAGCAAUCACCACUCUAUUAAAAACAGGUGCUGAAUCGUCAGUGGACCGUCUGAUGAAACAAAUCGCGACAUUCGUGUCAGAAAUAAGUGACGAGUUUAAAGUGGUCGUGGUCCAAGCGAUUCGCGCUUUAGCUUUGAAAUUUCCCCGUAAACACAGCGUCUUAAUGAAUUUCCUGUCUGCGAUGCUGAGGGACGAGGGCGGGCUGGAAUAUAAGGCGUCCAUCGCCGAUACAAUUAUUACGAUCAUAGAAGAUAAUCCGGAAGCGAAAGAAACCGGUUUGGCGCAUUUGUGCGAGUUUAUCGAGGAUUGCGAGCACGCCUCAUUGGCGGUCAGGAUUUUGAAUUUAUUGGGAAGGGAGGGACCAAAGACCAAACAACCUUCACGGUACAUCAGAUUUAUCUAUAACCGCGUUAUAUUGGAGUGUCCGUCGAUCAGGGCGGCGGCGGUGUCCGCGAUGGCCCAAUUUGGCGCCUCUUGUCCGGACCUCCUCGAAAACAUUCAAGUUUUAUUGGCCCGAUGCCAAAUGGACUCGGAUGACGAAGUUCGUGACAGGGCCACUUAUUAUAGCUACAUUUUGAAUACAAACGACAAAGGUCUAUAUAACACUUAUAUUUUAGAACCUUUGCAAGUUUCUGUUCCUGUACUGGAAAAAUUAUUGAAAGAGUACAGCGAAUCGAAUACCAAGGAGCCGUUUGACAUUAAAACUGUGCCGGUGGCGCCGAUCCAGAAACCGGACGAGCACGAACUAAAACAAAAGUCGGAGGGCAUGUUGAUCAGUUCGGGACCGGCUAAAGCCGCCCCCGUAUCCAGGGAGGACAACUUUGCUGAGAAGCUAUCUCAGAUUCCUGAUAUUCAAGCCCUGGGACCACUAUUCCGCAGCUCCGACGUAGUCGAACUGACCGAGUCCGAAACCGAAUACGUCGUACGUUGCGUAAAACACUGUUACGCGCGCCAUUUGGUUUUACAGUUCGAUUGUCUGAACACGUUAAACGAUCAGCUGUUGGAGAACGUCCGGGUGCAAUUGGACCCCAGCGAGGAUUUCGCAAUAAUCAGAGAAAUCCCGUGCGAGAAAUUGCCCUACAACGAAACCGGUACCGCUUACGUCAUCUUGCGAUUUCCGGAGGACGAUUUCCCGAACACCCUCGGCACUUUCGGGGCCGUAUUAAAGUUUGUCGUUAAGGAUUGCGAUCCUGCCACUGGACUGCCCGAUGUUGACGAAGGAUAUGACGAUGAGUACAUGCUAGAAGACCUGGAAGUCACCCUGGGAGAUCAAAUUCAAAAAGUGAACAAGGCAAAUUGGGCGGCAUCGUGGGAGGAGGCGGCAAAUACGUUUUACGAGAUGGAGGAUACGUACGCCCUCAGUUCGAUGGGAAGUUUAGAGGAGGCGGUGACGAAUAUCGUCAAGUUUUUGGGGUUGCAACCGGCCGAACGGACCGAUAAAGUACCUAAAGGCAAAACUACCCACACGUUGUUAUUGGCAGGUAUAUUCAGAGGUGGUAUAGAAAUCUUGGUUCAAGCUAAAUUAGCAUUGGCAGAUGGCGUGACAAUGCAGUUGACCGUAAGGUCUCAAGACGAGAGGAUUUCUGAGCUGAUUACGUCGGUUGUAGGUUAAGUUAUAAGAAAUAAAGUGGAAUUUAUCUUAGAAAAAGUCAAUGUUUAUUAUUAUGCUUAUUAAAUAAAUACUAUACAAUCUGA